UUUUUUCUUCACUUAUAUAAACCCAAAAACCCCACUCAUUCAAACAAUCCAAACAACUUUCUCUCUCUAACCUCACUCUCUCUCUCCUCAUCCUCCAUGGCCGUCGUUAGAGAACGCCGUCAUCUCAAUCUCCGUCUCCCCUUACCGGAAACCUCCGAUCGCCGACCACGCUUCCCUCUCCCACUCCCUCCAUCCACCACCACCGCCGCCGCCGCCGUCGAAUUCAACUGGUCAUCUUCCUCCGCUGCAAUCUCCGCCGCCGAUCUAGAAAAAAUUCAAGUUCUCGGAAGCGGAAAUGGCGGAACAGUCUACAAAGUCCGUCACAGAAAAACCUCCGAAAUCUACGCUCUGAAAAUAAUCCACACAGAUUCCGAUUCCGAUUCCAAAGUCCGUCGCCAACUCCACCGCGAGAUGGAGAUUCUCCGCCGUACGGACUCACCUCACGUGGUUCGAUGCCACGAGAUCUUCCAGAAACCUUCUGGAGAUUUCGGAAUACUAAUGGAGUAUAUGGAUUCCGGAACCUUAGAGAAUGUUCUAGAAUCCGAAGGAACUUUCUCGGAAUCCAAACUUGCUGACGUGGCAAGGAAAGUACUUAACGGUCUUCACUACCUUCACUCGCGUAAAAUUAUUCAUCGUGAUAUUAAACCGGCGAAUCUGUUAGUGAAUUCGAAAAUGGAAGUUAAGAUCGCCGAUUUUGGGGUAAGCAAAAUCCUGUGCCGUACUUUGGACGCGUGUAAUUCUUACGUUGGAACUUGUGCUUAUAUGAGUCCAGAGAGGUUUGAUCCGGAAACUUAUGGCGGAAAUUACGAUGGUUAUGCUGCUGAUAUUUGGAGUUUGGGUUUAACUUUAAUGGAGCUUUAUAUGGGUCAUUUUCCGCUACUUCCGCCGGGUCAGAGACCCGAUUGGGCUACUCUUAUGUGUUCGAUUUGUUUCGGUGAGCCGCCGAGUCUGCCGGAAGGUGUUUCUGAUGAGUUUAGGAGCUUUGUUGAGUGUUGUUUGCAGAAGGAGUCGAGUAAAAGGUGGUCGGUUUCGAAGUUGUUGGGUCACCCGUUUGUUUGUAAAGAUCCGAAACCCGAACAAUCAUAGUUCCGACCCGAAUGGGAUCCGAGAAUUGGUUUUGUAUAUUUUGGUUGGGAGGAUAUAAUGUUAGAUUAGGGAGGGAUUAAUUUGAUUGUUUCUAUGGAAGUUAAUUAAUAUUAUUAUGAUUUUUAUUAUUGAUUUUAAUGUAUUUUUUUUAAUUUCUUACUCACUUUUUUUUUUGUAAAUAUAGCCAUUUUGAUUAAAAAAAAGAUAAUAUUUUUUUUAUUA